CAGAUUAGAGGGAAGACCACCACAAGGGGGAUACAAACAGAGCGGUGGAUACCGUAUCCGACAGACUGCAACAACAAUGGCGGCAACAGCAGCAACACAAUCACAAGGAUACCACCAUCCCGCAACGCUAGAAGAAGUGAGAACCCUUUGGAUUGGUGACUUGCAGUACUGGGUCGAUGAGUCGUAUCUCAACUCCUGCUUCGCCCACACCGGAGAGCUGGUUUCAAUAAAAAUUAUACGAAAUAAAAUAACUGGCCAGCCUGAGGGUUAUGGGUUUGUGGAGUUUGUAUCUCAUGGAGCAGCAGAAAGGAUUCUUCAGACUUACAAUGGGACAGAGAUGCCCGGAACUGAACAAACAUUCAGGUUGAAUUGGGCUUCUUUUGGUAUUGGUGAAAGACGUGAUGCCGGUCCUGAGCAUUCUAUUUUUGUUGGAGAUUUAGCUCCUGAUGUCACUGAUUAUCUAUUGCAAGAGACAUUUCGAGCUCAUUAUCCAUCUGUUAGAGGUGCCAAAGUUGUAACUGAUCCAAGUACUGGACGCUCCAAAGGAUAUGGGUUUGUUAAAUUCGCUGACGAGACUGAAAGAAAUCGUUCCAUGACUGAAAUGAAUGGUGUCUAUUGCUCAACUAGACCAAUGCGUAUAAGUGCAGCAACGCCAAAGAAGACCACAGGAUUUCAACAGCCAUAUGCUGCUAAAGCAAUAUAUCCAAUUCCAGCAUACACUACUCCACCAGUGCAGGUGCUUCCAGCAGAGAGUGACAUCAAUAAUACUACAAUUGCCAUUGGCAACUUGGAUCCCAAUGUCAUGGAGGAAGAAUUGAAGGAAUUAUUCUCACAGUUUGGGGAAAUUAUCUAUUCAAAGAUACCUGCAACCAAAGGAUAUGGUUUUGUGCAAUUCAGAACUAGGGCAUCUGCUGAAGAAGCCAUGCAAAGGAUGCAAGGACAAAUGAUUGGUCAACAAGCAGUUCGCAUUUCUUGGAGUAGAAGCCCUACAGCAAGACAGGACCUGCCUGGUAGCUGGGGAACUCAAGUAGAUCCUAGUCAGUGGAGUGCCUAUUAUGGUUAUGGACAAGGGUAUGAUGCCUAUGCUUAUGGGGCUACACAGGAUCCAUCAGUGUACUCAUAUGGUGCAUAUGCCGGUUAUCCACAAUAUCCUCAACAGGUGGAAGGUUCCCAAGAAGUCACAGCUAUAACAGGUGCUGUCCCUAGCCUAGAUCAAAGGGAAGAGCUUUAUGAUCCCUUGGCUACCCCCGAUGUUGACAAGUUAAACAAUGCUUACCUUUCUGUUCAUGGAAGUGCCAUAUUAGGCCGACCGAUGUGGUUGAGAACAUCUUCGCUUACGCCACCGCCUCAACCAUCCUUGGUGUUUCCCAGUUAAAAUUAUUGGAUAUGCUAAAAGUUUCCUGCAAGCGAAUCAGAAACCCAAGAACUGCGGGGAGAGUAGCUUAGGAGAAAUCAGGCACUGGGAGGUAAAGGUCAGGAUGUGCACCUGGUCUAUGUAGUAUCUGCUCUUGGGUUGGGCACGGUCGUAACAUGUAAUGUGGAGUGCAGGAUUGUGAAGCUUGCCAUAUAUAAUGUACUUUUUUAAACCUCUCUUUUCUUCCCCUCCCUCCCUCCCUCCCUUAAUGGGCCUGCUUAGCCCUUAACAUUUUCUUCUACCGGCAUAGCUGUAGCAUGAGUUCCUAGAAUUGUGCUGUGUUGCAGAGCAGAAAUUGUUAAAUUUUUAGGGCUUGGACUUGAUACUUCAAUACUCCGUUCAUAAGGAAAACAUGUGGAAGAUCUGAAGUAGGAGGCUUAUUUCUUAUUUUUGACAAA